AAAGUACAGUGUCCCAGACGCGGCUGCACUUUUCAAACCUCAACUGUAAGAAGCAUCGGUCAGCGUCUGUGCGGUCGCCGCCGGGAGUCGCCGCCUCACCGGGGGCCUGGCUGACGGCGACCAGCCGCCGUAGGGGAAAGUGUGUGAGGUAAAAUAAGUGUCUAGAGAAGCAGAUUUGGCAGUUGCCAGCAUGUCUCGGAGAAGAUUCGAUUGCCGAAGUGUCUCGGGCUUGCUAACUACAACGCCUCAAACACCGAUGAAGAUGGAGAAUUUUCAUAAUCUCUAUACACUUACAUCGAAAGAACUCGGGAGAGGAAAAUUUGCGGUGGUUAGACAAUGUAUAUCAAAGUCAACUGGACAGGAGUAUGCUGCCAAAUUCCUGAAAAAGAGGAGAAGAGGGCAGGACUGCCGAGCAGAGAUUCUGCAUGAGAUAGCCGUACUGGAGCUGGCCAGGUCCUGUCCCCAUGUCAUCAAUCUUCAUGAGGUCUACGAGAAUGCAACUGAAAUAAUUUUGGUGUUAGAAUAUGCGGCAGGUGGAGAAAUUUUCAACCUGUGUUUACCUGAAUUGGCUGAAAUGAUAUCUGAAAGUGAUGUUAUCAGACUCAUUAAACAAAUACUUGAAGGAGUUUGUUAUCUGCAUCAAAAUAACAUUGUUCACCUUGAUUUAAAGCCACAGAAUAUACUCUUGAGCAGUAUAUACCCACUUGGAGACAUAAAAAUUGUAGAUUUUGGAAUGUCUCGCAAAAUUGGGAACGCCUGUGAGCUUCGGGAAAUCAUGGGAACACCUGAAUACUUAGCUCCAGAAAUCCUCAACUAUGAUCCCAUUACCACAGCAACAGAUAUGUGGAAUAUUGGCAUAAUAACAUAUAUGUUGUUAACUCAUACAUCGCCAUUUGUAGGAGAAGAUAAUCAAGAAACAUAUCUGAAUAUUUCUCAAGUUAAUGUAGAUUACUCAGAAGAAGUUUUUUCAUCAGUUUCACAACUGGCCACAGACUUCAUUCAGAGCCUUCUAGUAAAGAAUCCAGAGAAAAGACCGACGGCAGAAUCCUGCCUUUCCCAUUCUUGGCUCCAGCAGUGGGACUUUGGAAGCUUGUUUCACCCUGAGGAAACUUCAGGUUGCUCUCAGAUUCAGGAUCAUCCCCUCAGGCCCCCUGAAGAUAAGCCCCCCAAGUCCUGUAAUGGCAUCUGCGGCGACCGCGAGGACAAGGAGAACCUCCCCGAGGAUGGCAGCACGGUCUCCAAGAGGUUCCGUUUCGACGACUCCUUGCCCAGCCCUCACGAACUUGUUCCAGACUUGCUGUGUUAGCACUUUUCUCUGCCUCACUGGACUGACUUGGAAAUCUGGAAUCUUCUCUGGUGUGAGACUGAGUUUUUAGCUUCAUAUGUAAAUG